AUGUACCCUUCAUAAAUAACCAAUUACAAGAGUAAAGAAGCAAAAAUAAAUAAAUUAAAUAGAACGAGUAUUAUGUCUGGAGAAGGAUCAUGUACCUAAGAGAUUUACACGGUUUUGGACAAAAUUUCAAAAUUUCUUGAACCAAUCCAUAAAAUUUAUAAUGGACUUCACUAAAGUUUGUUAAAUCUUAAAUUAGAAAUAGGUAAGAUGAUAAAUCAAAUAUUUUCAUUCAUAGAAAUAGCUAUUUAAUCAAGCGUAUUUGAAAUAAUUAAGUUGGAAAAUUACAUAAAAUAUUAAGACUAUUAUAAAGAGUUUAAAAUGGAGGAUUUAUAGAAAUUAGUUGAUUUUGUUUAUAAUGAUAAUAUUUUACAAAAUCCAAUAUUUGAAUCUACUAAACAAUUGAACGAAAUAUAAUCAGGGUAUAAAAAUUUAUUGAUCAAAUUUUUGAGAAUAUUAUAGAGUUAAUUAAAGGUGAUACACAACAAUAAGAUAAAUAGAAUAAUUAUUAAGAAUAGAAAAAAAAGGAAAAUUAAGAUCAAGAAAGCUAAUUCCAAAUAACAUAAGUCAUAAAUAAAAAGAAUAGGGCAAUUUUGUAAGAGAAAUCAACAGUAUUUACAAAAAAAAGUAC